CUGUAUAAUGCUGUCCAGACAGGUGCUUGUCAGAAUCAAAGGUUUUCUUGUCAAAUAUCCGGAUGUAUUGCACUGAAAUGUACAUACCCGCAGGCAGUGACACGCCACGGCUAUCAAACUACAGCACACAAGAUACUUACACAUGAUUUGAAGCUCUGCACGUUUGAUCACUGAAGAUCCCCACAAUGGAUCUGCCAAUGCCAGAUAACAAUGAGAAUGUGCUGGUGGUCACCGAGGACUUCCAGUACUACAUUCCCAACUUGAAUCAGGCGCAGGUGCGGCAAGUCCAGCACACCCCAGUCUCUCAUCAUAACACUAUGAACAUGGGAGGUCACAUCCCCAUGCCUCAAGCCAGCCAGGCCCAGCAUCUAGCCCCUCCAAACAUCCAUGCUCCUCCCCCCAUGGGAAACAUUGGGGGCAUGAGGCCAGUACACAUGGUUCCCACGGGGAUGGACAUGGGGGACGGGCUACAGAUGCUGGGUAACAUCUGCAUGCAGACACAGCAGGAGAGUAUGGGAGUGCCACGGACUAUGGGAAUUCCACGGACAGCUAUGCAACCCACACUUCCAGGGCAGAGUUGCAGCUAUGCCCAAAUGUCCAUGAACGGAGGGUCAAUGCAGCAACAUCCUGGGAAUACCAUGGUGACUCAAGCAAAGGAUCAUGGGUAUUCCAGAAAUAUGAUGCAGCCCCAAAGAGAGAAUGUGAACUAUCAAUCAUCUGAGGCUUACAAAGCUGCGCUGAUGAUAAUGACACCCGAUAACAUGCAGGACAGCAUGACAACAUACCAGACAGUUCAACUUAGUAAUGUUAAUCUCAAUAUCAAUGCAAGCAAUACCAACAUUCUACCACAAGUGAACAAUCCAGUGAACUCUUUUAGUGCCACUAUUAACACUCUCAACUCUGUGAAUACAUUGAACACCCUUCCUCAGCCUGCGGUUGUCACCCAGACCAUCGACAACUGUCAACUGACGGAACUCAGGGCUCAGUUUCAUUCCGACUACAACACGGACCCAUUCCAGAAAGAAGUGGAGGAAGAUAAAUCUCAGAAGAAGAAGAAAAAGAUGACAGUUCUACGAACAGGAAAGGAAGAUGAUGGGCAGGUAAACCAAGUGAUGUUGGACAACGUAACUCUUCAGAUGCCGAAGAUACGAAAGAAAGGUAGUGGCAGAAAACCAAAGGUCAAGGCUUGUCACUUCUGUGCAAAGGAGCUUGUAGAACCAGAUAAGUCGGUGUUGUUUAAGAUUGGAGAGGAUGGUAAGAGUGUGUUCUUUGAUACUUGUAAUGCUUGUUUAGCUCGGGAGAACUCACAGAUUGCUGCAGGGAGGGGUGAAGUUCAACCAGAGCCAUUACCACCAGUUCCAGUCCCUGAAAUCCCAGCUCCUCCUAUAGUUAUACCUAAGGUUAAAACUCCAGAAGACAUAUGUCAGGUAUGCAUGAAACAUGUGGAGAAAAUAAUGUCUGUAAUCGCAAAAAUUGAAGAUGGAAAAGUAACCUACUUAAAUGCUUGUAAGGAAUGCUCCUUCAAGCCAAAGCCCGUUGAAGAAAAGAAGAAAAAGAAAUUGAAGGACAAGAAGAAGAAGAAGUUAAAGAAACUGAAGAAGUUGAAUGAGGGAGAAGAUGUUGCAGCAAAAGUAGAUGAGCCUGUUGUUGAAGGUGGAGACAUUGUUGAUGCCACACCAGAGGAACCAAAGUCAGAAGAACCAAAAGUGGUGAAGACAAUCGGAACUCAAGUAGACGAAAAUCCCUAUAAAUGGAAGUGUAGUACUUGUAAGAAGCUGUUUGGUUCUAAAAAUGAACUGCAGAAACAUCGUCGUCAGAAUCAUCGCUACUAUCGUCUCUUUCAGUGUGAUCAGUGUGAGAGUAAAAUCAAGAUCUACAGCUCAACGGAGAUGGUUGAUUGUUUCAACUGUGGUAAACACUUUGACCAAACAAACUAUAGUCCAUAUACAUUAUCGAAACAGUUCUAUGUUAAAAGAACUACUCAGGACCUUAAGUGCCCGAUCUGUGAGAAGCAGUUUUCUUCGCGACGUGGUGUGUUGGAGCAUCAGAAGAUCCACACAAACAUUAAGCCCCACCUGUGUAAUGUCUGUGGGAAAACAUUCCGGACCCUACCACCACUGCGGAUCCACAUGAGGGUCCACACUGGGGAAAAACCGUACCAGUGUGAAAUGUGUGGCAAGUGUUUCCGACAAAGUUCAGCUCUCAACAUGCAUGUGCGUCAUCACACUGGAGAAACUCCUUAUUCUUGUGAAGUCUGUGACAAAAAGUUUGCACGUAGAAGCCAAUACACCAAGCAUAUGGAGAGUCAUACUGAGAAAACAUUUGUGUGCACAGUGUGUAGUAAGAAGUUCCCAACAGAAGUCCGUCUGAAGCGACAUCACCGUAAGCAUACGGACGAGAAUCCAUACAGAUGCACUGUCUGCGGUAUGAACUAUGAAGAAAACAGUGCCUACCGCAGACACAUGCAGAAGCAUGACGUCAUGAACCCCUACCGCUGCACCUUGUGUGGCAAGCAGUUCGGAGGACGGAGAGGAUUGAUGGAACAUGCCGUGGGUCACCAGGAGGGUAAUGAGUUCAAGUGCGGUAUCUGUGGGGAGGAGUACACCAACAAGGAGGACCUGGACACUCACAUCCAAUCCCACUUCAUUGAAAAACCCUACAAAUGUCAGCACUGUGAUCUGUCCUUCUCCACCAAGAGCCUGUUGGAGCACCACACCAACUUCCACUCAACCAGGGAGUUCUUUGACUGUAAGAAGUGUGGGAAAAAGUUCACGAAGCGGGUGACAUUGGACAUGCACAUGAGGCGCCAUGAUGGUGCGAAGCCGUUCAAGUGUUUCAUCUGUGGUGAGGAAUACCUAUGGAGCACCACCUUAGAUUCUCACAUGAAGACACAUUAUGUAAAUGUUUAGAUAUUUGACAGGAUGACUUUGUAUGUCACAUGUUAAAUGAUAGAUACGUUGUUGCUCCAUUGUUUUGCUUGGACCGAGUUUUACAGUCUAAUUACUAAAGUUAUGGUUUUAUGUUUUCUUGAGUCAAAAAUUAUAUGAAAGGAAGACACUGUUUUGUUACCUUCUAGUAACUCUCUCCGAUGACAUGUCCCAAAAGAACAAUUAGUCAUUACUGAUAAUGAUAGACACCACAAACAUGAUAAAGAUGACACCACAAACAUGAUAAA